AAGCGGAACGCAUGGCAUUCGAGAGGUACCUAGUUUUGGGUCUUUUAGUUCUUCAUGUCUCAUUGACAAACACCAUUGCUGUUAGACCAAACCAUUACAGUACUGCUUCGCUCAGCCGGAGCAGUUUCCCGGAAGGUUUCAUUUUUGGGACGGCAUCAGCGUCUUAUCAGUUUGAAGGUGCUGCAAAAGAAGAUGGUAAAGGGGCAUCUAUAUGGGACACUUACACCCAUACAUAUCCAGGUAAGAUAACGGAUCAUAGUACUGGAGAUGUAGCUGUUGAUCAAUAUCACCGCUACAAGGAAGAUGUUCACCUUAUGAAGAAAAUGGGUUUAGAUGGAUACAGAUUGUCAAUCUCAUGGUCCCGAGUUUUACCAAAUGGAAAGCUAAGUGGGGGUGUGAAUAGGGAAGGAAUUAAAUACUACAACAACCUCAUCAAUGAGCUCCUAGCCAAAGGUGUAAAGCCUUUUGUGACACUCUUCCACUGGGAUCUUCCCCAAGCCUUAGAAGAUGAGUAUGGCGGUUUCUUAAGUCCUCAAAUUGUCCAUGAUUUUCGGGACUAUGCUGAGCUUUGCUUCAACGAAUUUGGUGAUCGAGUGAAGAACUGGGUUACCAUAAAUGAGCCAACGUCUUACAGUUUAAGUGGUUAUGAAGGCGGGUCAUUUGCACCAGGUCGAUGUUCUGAUCGGAAUAAUUGCGCUGCCGGAAAUUCUAGCACGGAGCCAUAUUUGGUGAUACACCACGAGCUUCUUGCUCAUGCAGCCGCCGUUGAAGUGUACAGGCAAAAAUAUCAGGCAAAACAAAAAGGGUGUAUAGGGAUAGUGCUAGUAGCAAGCUGGGCGGAGCCAUACUCUAACACUAGGCAAGAUCGUAAUGCAGCACUCCGAAACCUUGAUUUCGUGUUUGGAUGGUUAAUGGACCCUUUGACAAAUGGUGACUAUCCACGUAGCAUGCAAUCUCUUGUCGGAAACCGAUUACCCAAGUUCUCAAAAGAGCAAUCCAAUAUUCUAAAUGGGUCGUUUGAUUUUAUUGGAUUGAACUACUACACUACUAGUUAUGCAGCCAAUGCACCUCAACCCAAUGCUGUAAAUGCAAGCCACACAACAGAUAUGUGUGUUAAUCGUUCAAACGAGCGAAAUGGCAUUCCCAUUGGUCCAAAGGCUGCUUCCGAUUGGCUCUAUGUGUAUCCGAGAGGAAUACACAAUAUUUUGCUAUACACAAAGAGAAAGUAUAAUAAUCCGCUAAUUUACGUCACCGAGAAUGGAAUUGAUGAUGCUUCAUUGUCGCUGGAGGAAGCCUUUGUGGACAAGCAUAGAAUUGAUUAUUUCUAUCACCACCUUAAGUACGUUAAUAAAGCUAUCAAGCAUGGAGUUAAUGUGAAAGGAUACUUUGCGUGGGCACUAACGGACAACUUCGAAUGGAUUAAUGGUUACACCUUUCGAUUUGGUAUGUACUAUGUGGAUUACAAGAACGGGUUGAAAAGACAUCCAAAACUGUCAGCCCAUUGGUUCAAAAGCUUCUUGAAGAAAUAGAGUGUGUGUGCAGUGCAGUAGUCAUUUAUUUCGAUUAGGUUUCGUUGUGUCUGUCACUAUUGCUAUUUGAUGGGUUUGUCACGUAGCAUACUUUAUUUAAUUAUCCUUGUUGCUUUA